AUGUUAAAAAAUCUAACAAAGAUGCAUGUCAACAGUCAAACAUCUACUGUUGAAUUCUAUGCCGCUGAUAAAGAUAUCGGUUGUUCAACGAUUAUUGUUCCUGUGUUAUGCGAUAGUACUAUUUUAGUCUUUAGAUUAGUUUGUGUUCUAGUACAUAGAAGAAUAUUUUGUUAUUUUUGUGUUCAAGUUUUGAGUGAAUCUAAAAUGUAUUCGAAAAUAUUAUUUAGUGUUUUAUUGCUCGGUAGUUUGGACUUAAUUGUAGAUGCUGUAUUUUCUCAAUGCCCUGCAGUCAGUCUUUCACAUGGAAAAAUUCGAUAUUUAAACCGUGGAAAAAAAAUAAGAUUUACCUGUUUCAGACCUUAUACUUUAAUUGGUAACCCCAGAUUGGAUUGCAGAGAUGGCGAGUGGAACGGCGCACCUCCUGUUUGUGCAAGUAAAAAUUGUGACUCAUUGCCAAAACUUCAUCACGGAAAAAUUACUUACUAUAAUGAUAGAGCUGUAGCAAAAAUACAGUGCGAUCCGGAUUUUACCUUGAUAGGACCUUCUGAUUUACAUUGCGAAGUGCAAGGGUGGAAUGACACUACUAUUCCUGAAUGUCUCGCAAACUCGGUUCGUCAAUUUGGAAGCUGUCAGUUCGAAUCUAAUCAAACGCAGCAAUGUAAAUGGAUUUCCAAGAGCGGUCUUUUCAACUGGACCGUAAUGUCAUCAGAUCCUAAAGAUAACAGUCAUAUGCCACCGGAUAGUUUUCCAGCUCGUGAUCAUACAUCGUUAUCAAAUUCUUCUGGUCACUUUUUAUACUUGGAAGGUUUAUUUGCACCAACGAAAGCGUGGUUGCAGAUGAUGGAUACAAAGAAUGCACCUGCUAGGUAUAUAUCACCAUUGUUACCACCGAUUGAUGAUGAAGAAUCAUACUGUUUGAUUUUUUAUUUGUAUGCAAAUGGAACCCAUGCUGGAAUCAUUGAAGUGUCUGCGAAUGGAGACAGUCUUUGGAAAAGUAAUGGCAGUCUAGGAACGGAAUGGAAUAAAAUCAAGCUUCCAUUACAUAACCGAACAACUCAAUUUCGUAUAACCAUCGCAGGAAAAGGAGAAUUAGGACAGUACACCAAAACAGCUAUCGAUGAUUUGAGAAUCGCCGAAGGAGAAGAAUGUCAAGAUGAAAAUCAUCAAACAGAAGAGUCGACAGAUGACGUGGUUCAAACAAGUACAAGCGAGGCACCCGUUCGUGUAACUGCAAUAAUUGAAAAUACUUUGGAAACUGAGCGCAGCAACGAGCUAAAAAAUCACCUACUCAGCUUCACCACUUCCCCGCCACACGAGUCAAAUAAAUCAAUCGUUAUAACUACUCCAAGUACUUCAGUGUCAAUCUCUACAACCGAAUUGAAUUUCGAUAGCAAUAAUUUAACUGUUGAUAAUUACACCGGAACUUCUACUCGCCCAAUUAAUAAGAAUGACAUAUCUGAGGAAUCAAAUGCUCCCUCAAAAGCCGAAGAAAUUCCAACGACUACUAGCAGUUACGAAAUUUUAAUGACGGAAAAUAAUUUGGUUUAUCACGGUCUAGAUGAAAAUAAAAGUAACGAUAGCAAUAACAUCAUAGUGGAGGAAGAAGUUCACAACUAUUCUCCAAAGUACCAUGAAAACAAUAAUGAAUUACACACAGAAAUUUCCACUACUACAUUACCACCUGCCAUGAAGCGAGAAUUUCAAAGAGUAAAUCAAGCUAUAUUAAGUGAUCUAUCUGCUCUUCAGCAAUUCAAUUUAACGAAAGAAAAUUCUGGAGUGACUGAAGUAUUAAUUACAAAAACCACUCACUCGACUACAGUUUCAAAUGAUGCCGUCGUAGAAUCGAAUGAUGCGAAAUACGAAUAUGAUCAAGAGGAAGAUAAUCGCCGAGAUGAAAUAUAUCACGAAGGAAACGAUCCCCAUCAUUCUGAAAACACUGAGAAUGUUCUGGAAAAUAGCCACCAUCAAAAUGAAAUUAAUAACGAUUCGCCAUACUCGAAUAAAAGUAGUACAGAUCAAAUAAUUAGCAACAAAAUAUUCUGGGCAAUCUUGAUAGCCAUUACCUGUGUAAUGUUGUUGGUGGUCAUCUCAAGUUAUAAAAGAUAUCGCAACAAGAAUACAGGAAAAGAUGAUAGUUUCAUGCAAUUUAUAAAAGAUGAUAGCGGUAAGAGGGGUUCAUCUCGUGGUAAAAAAGAUGAUAUUUUGAUGAUGAAAAUGAACUGCAAACCUCAAAAGUAAUUUCAUUCACCUACCUCUGUUUUUUUUGUCUGGAAGUUGUUGUGAUGACUUAGGAAUCCAUUUUUAAUUUUUUUGUUCUAUACGAAUUUCGAAUUUUGAAAAAUUUACUCGUAAACCAACAACCCUUACAUUUUAAAUUUGCGAAGCAAAUAGCAUCAAUCGACGCUGCUUAUCAGGUUCGUAAAAUCAAAAUAAACAUGUUUUUGUUACGAUGUGAUUUAUGCAAUUUUUUUCUGGCUUUGAUUGGUUGUAAGAAAUCAAAACAAUUUUAACAGAAAAUGCCAACCAACUGUAAUUGGUGGAAAUAGUAUCAAAACAUCAAAUUUUGUAUCAUUUUAAUUUUUUAUAAAUUUUAGCACAUUUUUUACUGCAGAAAUUUAAUAAUACGAAGAGGUGAGAAACUUUCAAUUCAAGUCUUAGGGCCUAUACUCAACGUUAUGAAUACGAAUAAUAAUAAUUAAGUACUUAUCAAUUCAGUCAUCAUCAAGACAGAUUCAACCAUCAAAAUGUAAUUUGAGUAGAUGAUGAGUAAGAUUGUGUGUACAAUGUACAUGUACUGUACAGUAUACAUCAUUUGUACCUAUUGUGCUUGCGUACAUAUUAGAUAAGAAAACGCUAGGUACCUAUUUAUCCACCAUGAUUUAUACUUAGUUUAUUUUCAAUCGUGAUACCAUUGUAAAAAUUAACAUAAUAUGAGUAAAACCAUUAAGUGGGUACAUAGAAAUAAUAAUAAAUAACAUGGCAGUUUCCAUCAUCUGCUGAAAUAAUAACCGCCAAGUUGUUGUGGCAAUAUUAAACCAGAGGUUGUAAAGAUAGGUCUCUUAGGUUUAUCAAAUAUAUUAUCAGCUGAGUUUUUUUCCCCA